AUGCCACUCAACUUACAACAAUUCAUAAAGAGAAACAACUAUAUGGUUCUAACAAAACGAGUGCAUGAGUUUCAAGUUUCUUCUUCCAACAAGGCUUUAGAAACCAGAAUUGAUGAGCUUACUUCAUUGAGAGUAGUGAAAAAUAAAAAGUUGGAUGAGGAAGAUAAGGAUAAAGAGAUAUUUGACAUAUUCAGAAAGGUGGCGAUAAACAUUCCUUUUCUUAAUGUGAUUAAGAAAAUUCCAAAAUAUGCCAAGUUGCUAAAAGACUUAUGCAUUCACACGAGGAGAUUGAAGGGGAAUGAGAGAGUGAAUGUGGGAAGAAAUGUUUCUGCCUUUAUUCAGCCUAAUGUUUCAGCUCUCACCCAGACCAUGCCCCAAAAGUGCAAGGAUCCUAGAAUCUUUACUAUUCCAUGCACCAUUGGGGAUAGUAAAUUCGAAAAUUGCAUGCUGAAUUUAGGAGCUUUUAUUAAUAUUAUGCCUACUUCUGUUUAUAACAAUUUUGAUCUUGGUCCUUUGCAUAAUACAGGUUUAACCAUUCAGAUGGAAAACAAGAGUAAUGUCUUCCCUGCUGGAGUAGUAGAAGAUGUACUUGUUCAAGUUAAUGACUUGAUUUUUCCUACUGAUUUUUACAUUCUGGACAUGAAAGGAGAAACUAAGUCAAACAUGACACCCAUCAUUUUAGGCAGGCUAUUCAUGAAAACAACAAAAACAAAAAUUGAUGUUGAUGAUGGAACAAUGUCCAUGGAGUUUGGUGAUAUCAUUGCUAAAUUUAACAUUUUUGAUGAUAUGAAACAUCCCAUGGAGGAACAUUCUGUUUUUCACAUUGAAUUGCUUUCUGAGUUUGUUGAUCAUACUUAUUCAGACUUGUUUUCAGCCGAUUUCUCAUCAUUGUCUGACUUUGAUGAUACUUACUAUUAUGAUUCAUGUACUAACACUAACAUUUGUUCUGUUUGUGCUGAGAUUGAGGUUGCCUUGUAG